CGGUUCUACCCAAACGUUCCCCUAAAUAUCCGGGUCUUUCCUUCCCGUGCUCGUUUUCUCCUUUUCCUCCGCCACGUCACCAUACAUCGCUGGAAAUUUCUUUUCCAGUUUUGAUCUCCGGCACCAGUUUGUUGACGCCUCGCUUCAUCUAUAUCUGUUCGUAUAUUGUACUUUGAUUUCCCAAAGAAAGGAAUAUGAAAACGCGGAGUAUAAUUCCACGAGAAUGAGAAUAUUCUCGCCGGAGCAUAAAGUUUCCGUCGAAUAUUUGAUUUUUGUUAUGCUACGCUAUGCAUCCGUUCUGCUGCGUUUCCACCGUUAACAGUAACCACCGUGAUUCCUCGCUGUUGUCCAUGUCUCCGCCGCCCCUGCCGCCUCCGGCGUCGUCCGCUGCCUCCAGAUCCUCCGAUUCGUGGACAGUCUCCAGCAGUCAAAAUCACUAUCAUCACAACAAUUCCAGUUCUAAUACUCGGAAUUUGACCGAGUCGUCGUCGUCGGCUUCGGGGAAGGUGUUGUCCAUGUCGCGGCCGCCGUCGAUGAGGGAGGCGACGCAGCUGACGUUCGGCGGAGUGGAUAGCCAGCAACACCAGAGAGAGCAGCAAGUGAAGAUCAACGAGAUAGUCGGUAAUGGCAUUUCGGGAGUUCUGUACAAGUGGGUGAACUACGGCAAGGGAUGGAGGCCGAGGUGGUUUGUAUUGCAGGACGGAGUUUUGUCUUACUAUAAGAUCCACGGGCCUGAUAAGAUCGUCGUCAGUUUCGAAACCGAGAAAGGUUCGAAGGUCAUCGGCGAGGAGUCGCUGCGUAGAAUAUCCCGUCCCCAUAAGCAUAGCAAUUCUAAUACCUCACAGCCACGCCGAAAGCCUCUCGGCGAAGUUCAUCUCAAGGUUUCAUCAAUCCGUGAGAGCAGAUCAGAUGACAAAAGGUUUUCAAUUUUCACGGGAACAAAGAGGCUGCACUUGAGGGCUGAGACCAGAGAAGAUAGAAUUGCUUGGAUAGAAGCACUGCAAACUGUAAAGGAUAUGUUCCCCAGACUUUCCAACAGUGAGUUAAUGGCUCCUUUGGAUAACAUUUCUGUUUCAACAGAGAAGUUACGAAAGCGCCUGAUGGAAGAGCAGGUAAAUGAGGCUGCCAUCCAGGACAGUGAGCAGAUUAUGAGGGAUGAGUUUGCAUCUCUGCAGAAUCAAUUGUUUCUGCUAAAACAGAAGCAUUGGCUCCUCAUUGACACACUUCGCCAUUUAGAGACAGAAAAAGUUGAUUUGGAGAAUACAGUGGUUGAUGAGAGCCAAAGGCAAAUCAAUGGGGCUGGACCAUCUGUUAGAUUGAGGCAGGACAAAUACAGUGAAGCUAGUGUGAGCGACUCAGAAGAUGACAAUGAAAGGGUUGAUGCUGCAGAGGAAGACACAGAUGAAGAAGAGAACACCUUCUUUGAUACCAGGGAUUUUCUGUCAUCAAGUUCUUUUAAAAGCAAUGGUUCUGAUUGUCGGACAUCCUCAUUUUCUUCAGAAGAUGACGAUCUAUAUGCUUUUGCAUCAGAUGAGAGUGUUGACCCUAUUAUUAGGUCUGCUUCAACUAAGUUUCCUUAUAUCAAGCGUCGGAAGAAAUUGCCAGAUCCUGUUGAGAAAGAGAAAGGAGUGAGUCUAUGGUCAAUGAUUAAAGACAAUAUUGGGAAAGACUUGACAAAAGUUUGCCUGCCUGUCUACUUCAACGAACCUCUUUCUUCGCUGCAAAAGAGUUUUGAAGACUUGGAAUAUUCAUAUCUUUUGGAUCGUGCUUAUGAAUGGGGCAAAAGAGGUAACAGCCUCCUGAGGAUUCUGAACGUAGCAGCAUUUGCUGUAUCUGCAUAUGCCUCUACAGAAGGGAGAAUUUGCAAGCCAUUCAAUCCAUUAUUAGGGGAAACUUAUGAGGCUGACUAUCCAGAUAAAGGUGUCCGAUUUUUCUCAGAGAAGGUAAGCCAUCACCCUAUGAUUAUAGCAUGCCAUUGUGAGGGUACAGGGUGGAAGUUUUGGGGUGAUAGCAAUUUGAAAAGCAAAUUUUGGGGUCGCUCAAUCCAGCUGGAUCCUGUUGGUGUUUUAACUCUAGAAUUUGAUGAUGGAGAAGUUUUCCAGUGGAGCAAGGUAACAACAUCCAUAUAUAAUUUAAUUCUAGGAAAACUAUAUUGUGAUCACUAUGGGACGAUGCGUAUCCAAGGGAAUCGCAACUACUCAUGUAAAUUGAAAUUUAAGGAGCAGUCUAUUAUAGAUCGGAAUCCCCAUCAGGUACAGGGAAUUGUCCAAGAUAAGAGUGGGAAGACAGUAGCUACUUUAUUUGGGAAAUGGGAUGAGAGCAUGUUCUAUGUGAAUGGAGAUUGCACCAGAGGAAAUUCAUUUGACUCUCUUUCAGAAGCUCAUUUGCUUUGGAAAAGGAGCAAGCCUCCUAAAGACCCAACUAGAUAUAAUUUGACACGAUUUGCCAUUACUUUGAAUGAGCUCACCCCUGGUCUGAAGGAAAAGUUGCCACCAACAGAUUCUCGGCUAAGGCCUGACCAGAGGUGCUUGGAAAAUGGAGAGUAUGAAAAGGCAAACUCAGAAAAACUGCGACUGGAGCAGCGGCAACGGCAGGCUCGUAGAAUGCAAGAACGAGGUUGGAGGCCACAAUGGUUUACUAAGGAGAAAGGUAGUGAUGUGUAUCGGUACAUAGGUGGUUAUUGGGAAGCAAGGGAGCAAAGGAAGUGGGAUUCAUGUCCGGAUAUUUUUGGUCAAAUCCCAUCUGACCAGAUGCUGGACUGAGUAAGGUUGAACCUAUCCAUUUUUUGUUUUCUUAUUUUUCUUCACACCAUUUUUACUGAAUUUCCCUAUUAUCCUAUUUAUCGGGAGAAACAGUAUGGGUAAAUUACAGGGAUUAAAGUGUUAACAUAAUAAAGGGGCAUUCUUUCACUUUGUCUAUUAUUCUUUCACUUGUGCACAACAUUUAUGGCCCUCAAAUUAGUGGGCAAUACCAAAACUAUGGAACUUUGUUUAAGUGUGUUGCCAAAAUUUGUAUACCAGCAUAAUCACUGCAAUAUAGAAUUUUUCUCUUGUA